UUCUGUUCACUCAGACCCAAUGGGGCUCUAGCAUUAGGGGUUUCAAGCUGUAAAACUACAUAUUUAUUACCCGUUCCCUUCUUUCUAUUUACGUUUUGUACAUAACACAGAUAACUUAUUGAAGAAGAAAGUUGGUGUGCGUUCUCUCAAGACGCACCAAGUGUGUUAGAGGCCAAGUCGAAGUUGAUGUCGAAAGAACGAAAAGGCUAAUUUGAAACUGUCCUGCCUUGUAGUCCAACCAAACCGGUCAAAACACUUGGGAACUAUGGAUAUUCGGAAGAAGCGGAGGCCGUGGUGCAUGGAGACCUCGUUCUUGCUCCUCCUGUGCCUUACUCUGGCACAAGCAGAUCCAAUAGAUGUUUUGCGGGUGCUGCAGUUGCCUUCCCUCCCUGAAGGUGUGCAGAAGGUCCCGGGUUUCUGCACCUCUCGCCGGUCCGGCACUCCUGAUCAUGCCUACCGCAUCACUAAGAAAGCCCAGAUCUCUGCCCCCACCAAACAACUAUUCUCAGGACGUUUCCCGGAGAACUUCUCCAUCAUGACUCUGGUAAAGGCCAAGGCUGGUCUUCAGGCCUUCCUGCUGUCCAUCUAUAAUGAGCAGGGUGUCCAGCAGCUCGGUCUAGAGUUGGGACGCUCGCCCAUCUUCCUGUAUGAGGACCAGAAUCGCAAACCCGCCCCAGAGGACUACCCACUGUUUAAAGCGGUCAACCUGGCUGACGGCAAGUGGCACCGCAUUGCCAUUUCUGUGCAGAAGAAGACCAUCACUCUGAUCCUUGACUGCAAGAAUCGUAUUACAAAAACUCUGGCACGUAGCAACAACCCAGUCUUGGACACCAAGGGCAUCACUGUCUUUGGAGCCCGUCUUCUGGAUGAGGAGGUCUUCCAGGGUGAGAUCCAGCAGCUGCUGAUCGCAUCCAAUCCUCAGGCCGCUUAUGACUUCUGCGAGCACUACAGCCCCGACUGUGACUCCCCUCUGCCCAAAGUCCAGUCCCAGGACCCAAACAGCUUCGAGGGAACGGCGAACAAUGGCAAAGCUGAUAAGUCAAAAAUUGCCCCAGCCAAAGCUGCUCCAGCUAAAACCAAGCCAACUACAAAGCCGAAGGCCAAACCUAUCUCAAAGACAAAACCUACUUUAGCUUCUAAACUAGCAUCCAAACCAAAAGUAACACCGGCCCCAAAGAUUGAAAACAAAAAGAAGGCAAACGACAAUGGAAAAAAUAACGGUCAAGCUAAAGUAAAUGGUAAUGGCAAUGGCAAUGGCAAAAGCAAUGGGAAUGGGAAAGAUGCUAAUGGUAAGGCUAAGGCUGGCAGCAAUGGCAAAGCCAAUAACAAUGGCAAUGGGAAGGCAGCUGUGGAGAAAAAAGCAAAAGGGAGUGAUCUGACUGGAUAUGAAGAAACCAUUAACCAGGUUGACGAGACUGUUGGCGCUGAGGAAGUAGAUGCGACCAAGACAGGUGGUGAAGGGGUGUCUCAAACGCCAGACGAGCCCUUCAUUGAGGAGUACAUUACAAGCGACUUUGGAACAAAGGAGUAUGACUAUUCCUACAGGGACUACAAUGAGCCCAUCAUCGAAAGCAAGACGGAAGACACCUUUGGCCCUGCCCUGUCCGCUGUGACAGAUGAGGGAGGUGCCUCCAUGCGAGCCCAGAAGGGAGAGAAGGGAGACCCUGCUGUCCUUGAACCUGGCAUGUUGAUUGAAGGACCACCUGGACCAGAAGGACCAGCAGGUCUCCCUGGCUCCGCUGGCCCCCAGGGACCCCCUGGUUCUGUUGGUGAUCCUGGUGAGAGGGGUCUUUCUGGUAAAGCUGGUCUACCUGGAGCGGACGGGGUCCCAGGACCUCCUGGGACUUCUGUCAUGCUUCCUUUCCGUUUCGGACAGAGUGCUGGCGAAAAAGGGCCCAUUGCCUCGGCACAGGAGGCCCAAGCUCAAGCCAUCCUGUCUCAGGCUCGGCUGGCUAUGAAAGGCCCACCAGGGCCAAUGGGUUUAACCGGCCGUCCAGGACCUACGGGAACACCUGGAAGUUCUGGCUUAAGGGGAGAAAGUGGGGACCAUGGUCCUCAGGGCCCCAGAGGUCCUCAUGGAUUGUCUGGUCCUCCUGGUAAAUCUGGUCGGAGGGGUCGGGCUGGUGCUGAUGGAGCCAGAGGGAUGCCAGGAGAGUCUGGAAUUAAGGGCGACCGUGGCUUUGAUGGCCUUCCUGGUUUGCCUGGUGACAAGGGUUAUCGUGGUCAAACUGGAGGAAUGGGACCCACAGGACCCCCUGGAGAGGACGGAGAAAGGGGAGACGAUGGAGACGUUGGACCUAGAGGUCUUCCCGGCGAACCGGGGCCCCGUGGGUUGCUGGGGCCUAAAGGGCCUUCUGGUCUUCCUGGACCUCCUGGUGUUCGUGGAAAUGAUGGUCCACAUGGUCCAAAAGGAAGCUUGGGGCCUCAGGGAGAGCCUGGUCCUCCAGGACAGCAGGGGGCUCCAGGAACACAGGGAAUGGCAGGUCCACAGGGUGCUAUUGGACCACUAGGAGAGAAAGGGCCCACAGGAAAGCCUGGUUUACCAGGAAUGCCCGGAGGUGACGGUCCUCCAGGUCACCCCGGAAAGGAAGGCCCCACUGGAACCAAAGGAAAUCAGGGUCCUAAUGGUCCUCAGGGGUCUAUUGGCUAUCCUGGCCCUCGGGGAAUUAAGGGUAAACUUGGUGUGCCUGGACUUCCUGGAUAUCCCGGAAGGCAAGGAAUUAAGGGCUCCCUGGGUUUCCCAGGAUUCCCUGGUGCAAAUGGCGAGAAAGGCGCGAGGGGUUUGAUUGGAAAAACUGGACCAAGAGGACAGAGAGGGCCGACAGGUCCCAGAGGGCAGAGAGGACCCCGUGGGGCAACUGGAAAAUCAGGCGCUAAGGGCGGAUCUGGCAGUGACGGGCCUUCUGGACCACCUGGGGAGAGAGGACUAACUGGACCUCAAGGUCCAAAUGGAUUCCCUGGGCCGAAGGGACCUCCUGGACCUCCAGGGAAAGAUGGACUGCCUGGACACCCUGGACAGAGAGGCGAAGUUGGUUUCCAAGGCAAAACUGGACCACCUGGGCCACCGGGAGUUGUUGGACCACAGGGUCCCUCUGGUGAGACUGGACCGAUGGGUGAGCGUGGUCACUCAGGACCCCCAGGACCACCCGGUGAGCAAGGUCUUUCUGGGCCUUCUGGUAAAGAGGGAACCAAAGGAGAUCCCGGUCCCUCCGGCGGCCCCGGUAAAGACGGACCCCCUGGACUGAGAGGAUUCCCAGGAGAGAGAGGACUGCCAGGAACUUCAGGCACUGGAGGACUGAAAGGAAAUGAAGGCCCUGCUGGACCACCCGGGUCUGCUGGAUCACCUGGGGAGAGAGGAGCAGCUGGCACCGCAGGUACUGUUGGCCCACCUGGACGACCUGGACCUCAGGGGCCCCCUGGAGCUGCGGGAGAGAAGGGAGUGCCAGGAGAGAAAGGUCCAAUUGGUCCAGCUGGUCGCGACGGCAUCCAAGGUCCAGUUGGUCUCCCAGGCCCUGCUGGACCUCCAGGUACUGCUGGAGAGGAUGGAGACAAGGGUGAGGUUGGAGAGCCAGGACAAAAGGGAGCUAAAGGAUCCAAGGGAGAACAUGUGAAUGAUGGGACAAGAGGGUUCCCAGGUCCUCCAGGCCCCAUUGGACUGCAGGGUUUGCCAGGCCCAGCUGGAGAAAAAGGAGAGACGGGAGAUGUUGGUCCAAUGGGUCCUCCUGGUCCCCCAGGUCCACGUGGUCCAGCUGGUCCUAAUGGUGCUGAUGGUCCUCAAGGUCCUCCAGGAGGUUUGGGUAAUCCAGGUCCCAUAGGAGAGAAGGGUGAGCCUGGUGAAUCCGGACCACCUGGUCUUGGUGGAGAGCCAGGAAAAAUGGGCCCGAGAGGAGAGCGUGGUGAGAAGGGAGAGGCUGGGCAGCCGGGCACCUCUGGUCCUGCUGGUGGAAAAGGACCCCAUGGAGAUGACGGACCCAAAGGAAACCCUGGUCCUGUUGGUUUCCCUGGUGAUCCCGGUCCCCCUGGUGAAGUUGGACCACGAGGCCAAGAUGGAGCAAAGGGUGAAAGAGGAGAGGAUGGAGAACAAGGAGAAUCUGGUUCACCUGGGCCAACCGGUGAGAACGGACCACCUGGACCUCCAGGAAAGAGAGGUCCUCCAGGCACAAGGGGACCGGAGGGUCGUCAGGGAGAGAAGGGAAGCAAGGGGGAUUCAGGUGCCCUUGGCCCUCCAGGAAAGACAGGCCCUGUGGGGCCACAGGGUCAACCAGGAAAACCAGGAACUGAGGGUCUAAGAGGGUUGCCUGGAACAGUGGGUGAGCAAGGUGCUCCAGGUGCUGCUGGCCAGAAGGGACCUCCUGGUCCAAUGGGUCCUCCAGGUUUGGCAGGUCUUCGUGGUGACCCCGGUGCUAAGGGUGAGAAGGGACAUCCAGGUAUGCUUGGUCUGAUUGGGCCUCCAGGAGAACAAGGAGAGAAGGGAGACCGAGGCAUGCCUGGACCACAGGGAUCUUUUGGACCCAAGGGAGAAACGGGUAUGUCUGGAGGAACUGGUCCUCUUGGUCCUGCAGGUCCUGCUGGUAUGCCUGGUCCGAGGGGUAUCAAAGGAGCUAAAGGUGCCACUGGCGGAGGUGGUCCUAAAGGAGAAAAGGGUGUACAAGGACCACCAGGACCACCUGGACCCCCUGGAGAUGUCAUCCAGCCGCUGCCCAUUCAGAUCCCUAAGAAGUCCAAGCGCUCCGUCGACGGCAGUAAGAUGCUCUCUGAGACUGACACUGAGGCUGCCGACGGCACGGGUGCAGAGUUCCUGACCGGUAACGAAGGAAUGGAGGAGAUCUUCGCAUGCUUUUGGAAAUGGCUACUGUCAAAUGUCACAGAAAGCCUGAUAGGAUCUGCUCAAGAGAUAUGGGAAGAGGAAAAGAGAGUGUUUCAUCUUUACUCGUCUUCUCAUCCUCAAAGGGAAAAAGCGCCACUGGGUUGUAGCUCAAGUCUUAAGCGCUUUGACCGGCAGCUCCAUCAGACACUGGCGACUACCACGGCACAGAUGUCAGAGAUCAGUGAUUUCACUCGGUCCUGUGGCAGAGGGGCUCUCACAGGCCUGCUUGGUCGAUUUUCCUGGUAUCGUAAAGGCUUGGACAGGACAGUGCUGGAGGUGAACACACCUCAGGUGGAGCAGCUCCCUCUGCUGGACAUCAGGAUCUCAGACUUUGGGGAGGACAAUCAGAAAUUUGGUUUUGAAGUGGGACCUGUCUGUUUCCUGGGAUAAGCACACACAUGCUGAGGGCAAGGGGAAUACAAUCACAGAUACAAACAAGAACACACACACACACACACUCAUUAAUCAUGCACUUAAAACCUAGACAUAAAUAUCAUUUGACAUUUGAAAUCACGUGUAAGAAGCGGGAAACAUAGAUUCACACACACAUGCACACACACAUUGUUGUGAAACAAAGUUGCACACAAAGUACACGCCCAGGGAAAAACACUCCCAGCAACAGAGGAGAAGAGAGCCAUUCUCGCAGAAGAGAAGAGAAGAGAUGUUCUGUGAUGGCGCAGAUACUGCUGGCCUAAAGCGGAAGACCCUCUUGUUUCGGCCCCCUCUCUCUCCUACAGAUCCCC